AUGAUUCCUGAGGCAGAAGAACUGAACACCAUAUCCUUCAAUGGCUGCAUGACUCAGCUCUUUGCUGAACAUUUCUUUGCUGGAGCUGAGAUCGUCCUGUUGGCUUUCAUGGCCUAUGACCGCUAUGUAGCCAUCUGUAAGCCCUUGCAUUACAUGACUAUCAUGAGCCCAUCUGUCUGUACUUUCUUGCUGGGAAUGGCUGGGAUUUUAGGUUUUCUUCAUGGAGGGAUCCAAGUUUUGUUCAUGGUCCAGUUGCCAUUCUGUGAUAACAAUGUCAUUGACCAUUUUUUGUGUGAUUUAAUACCUCUCCUGGAACUAGCCUGUACAGAUACUCACACUUUGGGGCCCCUGAUAGCCGCCAACAGUGGAUCACUAUGUCUGCUCAUUUUCUCUAUGCUGGUUGCUUCUUAUGUGGUCAUCCUGUGCUCUCUGAGGACCCAUGGCUCUGAAGGGCGUCGCAAAGCACUGUCCACCUGUGCUUCUCAUGUCACUGUUGUCAUCUUAUUCUUUGUACCUUGUUCAUUCCUGUACCUGAGACCCAUGUCCUCCUUCCGUGCUGACAAAGCUGUGGCUUUGUUUUACACCACAGUAACUCCCAUGUUGAACCCUUUAAUCUACACCAUCAGAAAUGCAGAAGUGAAAACUGUCAUGAAGAAACUCAGGGGGCAAAUAAUGAAAACUGGUGUUAAAUGA